AUGAAAAUCUCUCAAACUGCAUUGCAAAAGUUUCAAGGGUUACUCAACUCUGUUGUUCCACAAAGUGUCAACGUGAAUGUCAAGAUCGAUGCUGGUCAUUUGCCUAGAGAAGAUGUUGGCAUUCAAUGCGAAAUUCCCUUUCUUCUGAGAGUACUUUUUGGUGAUUUUCCAAACCGUGAUCAAGAGUCCUCCAUGAGAGCUCCAACUCCUGUCAAUGUUUGUAUUGUCCUCGAUGUGAGUGGUUCCAUGGAUGAAGGCCUUUCAAACAAUCAAACAGGCACCAAACUGAGUGUGUGUAAAACAGCGAUCAAAGAAUUAGUCAAGAACUUUUUGAAUGAUCAAGAUACUGUCCACUUGUUGAAAUAUUCUGACAGUCCUUCUACUGUCUUUUCUGGAAAGAAGAAAUCCACUGUUGAAAUGGCAACCAUUGAUAACAUUAGCACCGAAGGAAGUACCAAUAUUGCAGAUGCCAUUCACUAUGCUGUGGAUUUGUUGAAGCAAUCCACAGCUCCAGGAACAAAAUUGGUGGCAUUCUUCAGUGAUGGUAUGGCAAAUGUCGGUGAAUGUGAUGUCAAUGUCUUUGGAGCUUCUCUGAUGAAGAAAUUGAAAGAGUUCGAUUUGGAAAAUCAAAUUCACAUUUCUUCAUUUGGUGUGGGAGCUGAAUAUGACGAGAAGUGGUUGCAAUCCAUUGCUCGAUCUGGUAAAGGCGAAUACUAUUAUUUAGACUGUGAUGAGAGAGCAAAGGAGGCUUUCGAGAGAACCCUCCGCAAGUAUCAAUACCAAAUUGGAAAGCAGUUCAAUAUUAAGGUGACUGGAUUGAAUGGAGUCAGUGUCAAGUCUUUCAAUCAAAAGAAUGAUCUUACUUCAUUGGUGAGCGGUCUUACCUUGGGAGGUGUCUAUUGUCGUGAUUUGAGAUUUGUAGAAGGAGUACUCGUGUACAAUCCUCAACAGACAUUCAAGACACAACCAGAGUUGAUUGAAGCCCUCAAUAGAGGAGUUGGCAUUCCACUCUUGAGUGUGACAUAUUCAUAUGUGGACAUGCAAAAUGGUCAAUUGAAAGAACAAACUCUCACCUAUGUCCAUUCUAAAUUUGCAAACUCUGCUUCUGAACUGCCUGCUCUUGUGGCUCAAUAUGAAAAACAAGGAGAGAGAAAUGAAUUCAUUGUGCAAAAAACUUGUUUGCAAGGUGCCGACCAUCAAGCUCAAUUCAACAAGUACAUUGAGGAACACAAUAGAGACAAAGCUCUCGAGGAAGCUAAAAUUAUUGAGGACAUCUACACAAAGGUCUUGGAGCAUGACGAUUAUGGAAUUAUUGAGCAAUUACUCACUCAAGCCAAAUUGCAACGAGAUGAACUGGAAAAGAAGGGUAUCUCAAUGUCCUUCCAAAAGAUGGUUUCCAAGAAUGCAAGUGUAUGUUUGAAGGUUGCCAAGAAGGAAGCCAAACAAGCAUACGAAGAAGAAUGUUGUGACAGUUUCGAUUAUGAUUGCGAGGAAGCCUAUGGUGGAUUGUUCUAA